AAAUUUAUUUUCUUUUAAUAUAAAAAUAAUUAAAUUUAAAAUGAAUAAAUGUAGAAACUUGAAAUCGGGAUGUCAAUGCUCUUUGCUCAUUUAAAAGUAAUGGAAAAUCAAUCAUACCCUUGAUCUGCUAUGUACUUAAUUUUUUAAACGAUACUGUUCACCAAACCCUAACUAAUGCGCACGGUUUACAGGGAAAGACGACCAGGUAUAAUAAGAAAUACAAGUCAAAUAAAAUCUCUUAACAUCAAGCAAGGACUAGCACUAUAUAAAUUGCUGGUACUUACGUUUGCUUUGCAGAAGUGCAGCACAAAGAGAUAUACUGAGAGAAAGAUGAUGAAAAGUCGCUUAAUUUUCUUGUUGAUCUCUAUUGCAUUAGCUUAUGAAGUAGGAGUUUGCCAUGGAGGGGAAUUGAGGAAAGACUUUUACAAGGAUACUUGUCCCCAGGCUGAGGACAUUGUGAGGAGCAUCAUUUGGCAGAAUGUCGCAAACAAUGCGACAUUGCCUGCCAAGUUUCUAAGGAUGCAUUUCCACGACUGCUUUGUUAGGGGUUGUGAUGCCUCUAUAUUGCUGGAUUCCACGCCAAACAACACAGCAGAAAAGGCAGCAAUUCCAAACCUAUCUCUUGGAGUUUUAGGAUUUGAUGUGAUAGAUGAGGUGAAAGCCCAGCUAGAGAAGACAUGUCCUGGAGUGGUUUCUUGUGCAGAUAUUGUUGCUCUAGCUGCUAGAGAUUCUGUUUCCUUCCAAUUCAAAUUCCCAAUUUGGGAAGUGCUUACUGGCAGAAGAGAUGGAUUAAUUUCUCGAGCGUCAGAGGCUCUCUCUAACAUCCCUUCACCUUUCUUCAACUUCACCCUUCUCAAACAAUCUUUUGCCAACAAAAGCCUUACAGUUCAUGAUCUUGUCGUUUUAUCAGGUGGACACACCAUUGGGGUAGGACACUGCAACUUGUUCAGCAACAGGUUAUACAACUUCACGGGAAAAGGUGAUGAAGACCCUUCUCUGAACUCAACCUAUGCUUCUUUCUUGAAAACCCAAUGCAGAAGCCUUGCAGAUAACACAACAACAGUUCCAAUGGACCCCUUGACCCCCUUAUCUUUUGACAACAAUUACUUCAAAAUCCUCUUGCUUAACGAAGGCCUUUUCCAAUCUGAUGCUGCGCUUCUCACCGACAAGGAUUCUAGCAAUAUCGUCGAUGAAUUGCUCGACCCUGACAAUUUCUUCAAUGAAUUUGCUCAAUCCAUUAUGAGGAUGGGAUCCAUUGUUAACGAAGGCCUUUUCCAAUCUGAUGCUGCGCUUCUAACCGACAAGGAUUCUAGCAAUAUCGUCGAUGAAUUGCUCGACCCUGACAAUUUCUUCAAUGAAUUUGCUCAAUCCAUUAUGAGGAUGGGAUCCAUUGGAGUGCUCACUGGCAGUGCUGGAGAGAUCCGGAAGAAUUGUAGGGUGGUGAAUUCUUCUAAUACUGUCCAUGUUAUACUGGAUAAGCACCCGCAUAUAGCUUCAUGCUUAAUCCUUCGAAAAAUGAUGGGCAGAGAUGCCAUAUUGAUCAUACUAUCACUUCUUGUUUUUGGAGCUGUUACGGUUUGUAGUGCUGAUGGGUUGAGAGCAACGAGUGGGUUGAGGCAGAAUUUCUACCGCACAAGUUGCCCACAAGCUGAGCUGCUUGCGAGCAGAAUCACAAGAAAUAGGGCUCAAAGUAACUCAGCUUUGAGUGCUAAGCUCUUAAGGAUGCACUUUCAUGACUGUUUUGUUAGGGGAUGUGAUGCAUCAAUACUGUUAGAUUCUGUUGGAGAUACUCAAGCUGAGAAAGAUACAAUUCCAAAUCAAUCUUUGUCCGGUUACGAUGUCAUUGAUGAAAUUAAGACAGAACUAGAGAAAGUUUGCCCUGGAGUAGUUUCAUGUGCAGACAUUCUUGCCUUGGCUGCUCGUGAUGCUGUUUCCUUUCAGUUUAAUAGGCCCUUGUGGGUAGUCCUAACAGGAAGAAGAGAUGGCAAUGUUUCUCUUGCAUCUGAUAUUGAUGCAAACAUUCCCUCUCCCUUCUCAGACUUCAACACUCUCUUGCAACUAUUUUCCAACAAGGGUCUUGAUGUUCAUGAUCUUGUAGUUCUAUCAGGAGGACACACAAUAGGAGUUGCUCACUGUGCAACAUUCUCAAAAAGGCUCUACAAUUUCAAUGGCACUGAUGGAAGUGAUCCUUCCCUAGAUCCAAAAUAUGCAGAAUUCUUGAAAACCCAAUGCCCUAAUCCAUUUGAUCCAGCAACUACUGUGGAGAUGGAUCCUCAAAGCUCACUAAAAUUUGAUACCAGUUACUUCAAUAUCCUUCUCCAAAACAAAGGCCUUUUCCAAUCUGAUGCUGCACUGCUCCAAAAUGAACAAUCUGCCAGGAUAGUAAGACAGCUGACUAUACCCAAUGCCUUUUUCGCCAAGUUUGCUAUUGCAAUGAAGAAAAUGGGAGCCAUUGAAGUGCUCACUGGAGAUGCUGGACAGAUUAGGAAGAAUUGCCAUGUGGUAAAUCCUUAA